CUCCUCUACAUUUUCAAGACUAAGCAGUACCAUCAAAAGUCACCGCAGUACGAGCAAAUCCUCAAGAAGAAUGAGCAGAUGUAUGCCUUACUUGCUGUUUGCCUCUCUCUCUGCCCUCAAACUAAACUCGUUGACGACUCUGUCAACUCUCAGCUCCGCGAGAAGUAUGGUGAAAAGAUGAUGCGUAUGCAGAGGUAUGACGAUGAGGCUUUCGGUAUCUAUGAUGAGCUCUUCUCUUAUGCAUGCCCCAAGUUCAUCACCCCUUCCGCACCAAGUUUCGACGAGCCUCUUGUCAACUACAAUCAGGAUGCAUACAGUCUACUCCUCCAUUUCUCUUGCUAA